GCCGGCGUGCAGUGCCCACGUGACCGCGCCCGUAGGGCUGGAGUCUUGUCUCGCUCCCUCACAACCGGCCGUUCCCUGUUAACUCUGUUUCGCAAGAAAGCGCCUGCAAACGUAACGGGGCUUCGCUAUGUAGCCAUUAAAACAGAGCCAACACAAACGUAAGAAUAAGGGAAUGAGCCACAGCCUGUAGGAGCGUAACCACCGAUCGUGACAGGCUGGGAAUUGGCAUUUGUUUUUAGACAGCUGUUACUUAGACAUGGACAUUGACGAACCGAGACACAAUGGGAAUGUAAUCUUAGUAGUUACUGCUUUGCAGACAAAUUUUUCUUCAAAUGGUUUUCCAAAAUACAUGCAAAAGGACAAGGACGUUCCUGGUUUUGUCUAGUUCCUCACGUCUCCAGCUGUCUCUGUGGCUGUUUUGCCACCCUCAGCAGCAGAACGCACAAGCUCCACCCUGCAGUUGCAGCUGAUCGAGAGCUCUCAGUCUCCCGGGCCCAGGGCACCCCACUGCUCGCCUCACCCUCGGCCCUGGCAGUCCAGGGCUCCAGGACAGGGCUUGCUCAGUCUGUUCUCCUUGGGAGACGCACUGCCAGCUCCCUGCGGCUUCCCUGGCUUGCUGCUCUCCAUCCUCCUGCUUCAGGAGAAAGAGUGCCCAGAGGCUGAUGAGCACAAACGGGUGCACACAAAGAUCCUCAUGGCAGGGGAGGACAGCGACAUCCUCGAGGCAGCAGGUGCCCGACGAGUCGGUAUCUAAGAGGAGUGGCUGUAAUCCAGCAGUGCUCAUGAGAAUAACACCACCCCCUUCUUUGCCAAUCCAAAGUCCCACCAGAGUCCUUGCUGGUAGAGAGGCCUUGGUGCAGCUCUACCUAGACAAGAGGAGGACAAGAACUGUGUUUGUCAAACCACCUCAGCUCGUGGCCCAGGAAAAGCUUUCUGCCAAAGUGCCAGCUGCAAUGCCCUCCUACUCUGCUGCCCCAGAUGGGGCAUUCUCACUGUGAGCAUGCUGCUGUGACAUCACUGAACAAAAUGCCCAUUUCUCCGGGCAGAGAAAAUCUCGAUUCUCCUUUGUUACUGUUAUGAAACCAAGCUGCCCAGCCCCUUGCAGAGCGGCUGCCAAGGCUUUGCUUUCCUGUGCAAGCCACCUCACACUCUCCCAAGCCCAGACGAGGGGUGAAGCAGCAGGAGAUGGCGCAGAAGACAGCCACAAGUCACUGGGGUUAAAGCAGCCAGGAGGACCCCAAGGCAGAGGGGGCAAAGUCCUGCACAGCUCCAGAGCAGUGCCUGGAUCCAGGAGGUUUCUGGUAAGGGUGGUCCUUAGCACAGAACUUUUCAAAGCCUUUCGGACCGCUUGGAACAUGAACAGUGUGGGCAAGAGCCCUGAAAUUUUCCAGGGAAGACCUAAGGAUGUUCUGGAUCUUCUGUGGUAUAGACCAAAGGAAUAUGUACUCUUCAAACUGUACUUUAAAAAUCAACUUACAGCACUAGUAAAAAGAUAAUAAAGCUAGAUGCUAAUCUUUACAUCAAUCAAGUCACUCUAUGCCCGGGGCUCAUUUGCCUUGCAAAUACUCUCUUGUUAAAUUCUGUGUCCCUCCCUAUUCGCUGAAAUGAUUGACUCCACCCCAGAAAAGAACUUUUGUAGCAAUUUCUGGAGGAGAGACCGAUCCUGCCUCUCAAGCCAUGGGGCCUGUCAGCUACUCAUCAGAGACCUAUGACUUGAGCCAGGUGGAGCUGAGUGGUUACUAUGAAGCUGAGAACACCACCCCUUCUUUGGAGGGCUACUUUUGCUUCAACCCAGCCUCAUCUGUGGUUGGCAACCAGGGAGACCCCUUCAGAAAGGUCUUCAUACCCCUCAUCUAUCUGCUGAUGUUUGUGCUGGGGACUCUGGGCAAUGCCCUGGUCCUGGUCAUUUUAGAGAGGUUCAAGAGGUCUCGCACCACCACAGAAAACUUUCUUUUCCACCUCACCCUGGCCAACCUGGCACUGUUGCUCACCUUCCCAUUCAGUGUGGUGGAGAACUUGGCUGGGUGGAUAUUUGGGAAGUUCCUCUGCAAGAUCCUUAGUGCUGUCCACAAGAUCAAUUUCUACUGCAGCAGCCUGCUGCUGGGGUGCAUUGCUGUGGACCGCUACCUGGCCAUCGUCUAUGCAAUCCACACCUACCGCAAACGCAGAGCUCGCUCCAUCCACCUCACCUGCACGGCUGUCUGGCUCUGCUCCUUGCUUCUGACUUUACCCGAUCUCAUCUUCGUGGAAGUCUGGACAGAUGACAGCAACCGCAGCAUUUGCUAUUUUCCAGAGGUUGGCAUUGAUGGAAACAAUGCAUGGCUGGCAACACGCUUCCUUUACCACACCGUGGGCUUCUUUGUGCCUCUGCUGGUCAUGUGCUACUGCUACGUGGCCAUCAUCCGGGCACUGUGCCAGUCCCAGCGCCUGCAGAGACAAAAAGCUGUCCGUGUGGCCAUCCUGGUCACAGGCAUCUUUCUCCUCUGCUGGAGCCCAUACCACAUCGUCAUCUUCCUGAACACACUUACCAAGCUAGAAGCCUUCACUAAGAACUGCCUCCUGGAAGACCAGCUGGACACAGCCAUCAUGGUGACAGAGGCCAUCGGCUUCACGCACUGCUGCCUCAACCCCAUCCUCUACGCCUUCAUUGGGGUCAAGUUCCGCAACGACUUCUUCCGGAUCCUGCAGGAGCUUGGCUGCAUAAGCCAGGAGACCCUGCAGGAGAUCCUGGAAGUGACAAGGAAGGGUAGUGGGAUAGAGUCUGACAACACCACCUCCAUCUCCACUUUCUAGCUGGGAAAGGCUGCCUGCCGGGCAGAACUGGUCUGGGUCUUUCCUUCCCAGUGGCACACUUGCUGUGGUCUCAGUUACAAGUUUCACAAGCAUCCCCACAACUUUGUUCACUCCUCAGGAAACAGGUCCAAUAGCCACCAAACACCCAAAUCCCAUCAGACACCUCGCUUGGCUCUUUCUGGUUCUCAUACGUGUAGAGAUCCACCUGGCAGCUGUUGGCGAAUGCUGGAUGCCUGAUGGUCGCUCUUGUUGGGCUGGAUGAACUCAAGCGGAUUGAACGUGAUAUUCCCACCUCUCCCUCGAAAAACUGACUGCAGGCAUCUUGUGCACUAAGCCAGGCACAGGACUGGGGUGCCAGGGUUAAGGAAAAAAGUGCAGCCAAGUAAAUGAGUCAGGUCAGUAAGCAGGUCUCCAUUUCACUAGCUCAGGUUGGUACAGACAUUGCCAAAGGAAGCCGUGGGACUCAGUGACCACAGCAACUGGAGAGAUGCAGGUAGGACUGCUGGGGGCUGUGAGGCUCAAUGCAACAGCACAGGAGUACAGUGCUGGAUGCUCUGACUGCAGCAUUGUCCUCCUGCUCGUGACAUCCCCCCAGCCAGCACAACAUGUCAUCAUCCCAACUCAGCUCACGCCAGGAAGUCCUCCUGCAGACUGAAAGAUCUGACUGUCACAGACUCUUUCCUGACACCAGUUGCAUCCUUCCCCACUCAUUCGAUCUGUUUUACUGCUGUUAUGACCUCCUGUGAGUCGCUGCUGAACUGAAUGCCUGACUAUGCAAAAGUGUUCCUUUAAGGAACACCAUCUGAGGAGAUGGCUUCUUCUUGUGACUGCAGACAGGGGAAAGAAACCACACAGCUUGGUAAGGCUGAUGGUAUAACUUUUUCUUUUUUUUUUGGCAGCUAGUUGUAUGGCUAUUUAUGGGUUCUGAGAGCAAGGAGACCACUGAGAGUAAGGGAUAAUUUCUCUUUGCUUUUAGCAAGGCUAGAGGAAAUGUGGCAUUUUGCUUGGCACUAUGCUUUCUGAUAGUUUUCCUCCACCUGCACCUAUAGGCCUUUCAGAGAUUAACUGCAUCCAGGUGAACACAGAACAAACCUGGGCCAUGAUCUUGCCCUGAACUGCAAGUAUGCAGAAACUGCUCAGAGCAGGGCAGCUUGAUGAUAAUUUGGUUCAAAAUAAGAGCAGCAUCUUUUCCCAUCAUUAAUUCUUGCACUGCAAGCUGGUGUGCGGGGAAGCCCCAGCAGACACUCAAGACAACCUGCUGCUGCCUAGGAGGUCUUGUCACAGUUUAACGGGGCAGCGGGCCCACAACACUGCUCCAUGACAUUUCUGAUCCUAAAGAGUGCUGUGGCCUAAACUGUGGGAGAGCCAGAGCCAUACAUACCAAUGUCACAUAAGCACAACCCUCCUCACAUCUGCUCUACCCAUCACCUCACAUUUUAAGCAAUGUCAAAACAAUGUUAGUUCUCCUGCGGCAGCAGGAAUUUUGUGCUAAUCUCACUUCUCAAGUUCAUCCCACUAGCAGAGAGCUCAGUCCCAGGUGAGCUUCAGGUACUCAAGGGCCCUGCUAAAAGCACCAGCCAUUAUGGAAAGGGGCCACGUUACCUCAGCCUGGCUCAGGCAGUGAUCUCAAUAGCUUGAUCUCAUAUUGUGACUUGGGGAGAAAACUCACCUAGUGUAAGGCAGUCCACCAUUUCCUGCAGCACCACAUCUUCAAAGAGUAAACUUUCAAGUAAUGGCAAUUGUGGUUGUUCAGGCAUGUACAUGCAGCAGAGAAGGGCAAGUCUCUCAAGCCUGAACUUAUGUUCUCCACGGUUGUACCAGUGAUAAAACCCACUGCAGAUGCAUUGUAAACACCUACUCAGUAGGUUAUGGUGACAGCUGUGCUUCUACAUGAAAAUGUUAUUGAAAAAAACAAGUCAAAGUGUAAAAUUCUUACAGUGGUCACAAAGUAAAAAAAUCUGCACUCAAAUGAGAGUGAACAGAUUACACAUCUAUUGUUACUAUAGCUUUUAGCAUUGGUAUGUACAAACCUUUAGGAAGUACCUUUUGAGGUAAGCUGUAAUAAACAGGUGAAUAAAACACCAUCUUCUCAUGUAUAGUGCUUGUAAGUAUUUGUCUGUAACUGUGUCAUUAUUCAAGGGAGACACAUCAGAGAGCACUAAGUGGGCAGGUGGUGCCUUGCUGACAAGCUCUGCUCAAAUGGCUCAGAGGAACACCUUGCUCAGAUUCCCUUUCACCAGUUCCACAGAAGGCUCUGCUGUGUUCAGACCUCUCUGCUUUAUGGAGCCUCUUCCACUAACUGCACCUCCUGCCCCAGUUUUACAGCAGCUGCUAACCUGACUGGAAAGCUGCCCUUACACCUACAUUUGAUUCAGCUUGGGAAUGGCUUGGCUCAGAGCUGGCAGACCUUCCCCAAAGAGUUGACACUGUUCCUCCCCACAGCUGCCUGCAGCCAGCCUGCUGAAUGGUGACAAGAAGAAAGCAAGAGGAACUUUCCUUCACUGCAGAGGAAGCUCUGCUUUCCAUUCAGCAAAACCCUUGCUGUGUCCUCAAAGUUUGCAUGGCUGUCACGUCACCUUGCCCCU